GAUAAAGUAAAAGACUAAAGCAGCUUGUGAAUUUUCUUAGUUGCCAUGGACCCUUGGGGGUCAAUCAAGUGGUGCUGCUGACUCACAGAGGGAAAGACUGAAGACACAUGAAGAAACAACAAGCGACAAGAAGUAACUAAGGACAACAAGGCUUUUAUAAGUAACGGCGCAAGAGAAAUAGAGUGUGGGGCACACAGGGACAGAGACAGUCUUCAGUGUGUUACCUCCACACAGCAGAGAGAGCAACGGACCAGAUUACCAAAGUCCAUCAGGUUAUCAUCUAUCCAUUUAAACGUCAGUCUAGUCAGUGAGGAAGAAGAAGAGACAUGAAGAGACCUCACGACUACAGCUCACCUGACUCAGACACAGACGAGUUCAUUGACGUGGGGCAAGAAGACGGCUACUGCCCAGUCACUGGGUCCAUGUCUCCUGGCAGCGCUUCACAGAUUCUGGCCCGAAAGAAGAGAAGAGGGAUCAUAGAGAAGAGACGCAGAGACCGGAUCAACCACAGCCUGUCAGAGCUCAGGAGGCUGGUACCCAGUGCUUUUGAGAAACAGGGUUCCUCUAAGCUUGAGAAAGCAGAAAUCCUGCAGAUGACUGUGGACCACCUCAAACUUCUGCAUGCCAUGGGAGGGAAAGGUUAUUUCGAUGCAAGGGCUCUAGCAGUCGACUACAGGACCCUUGGUUUCAGAGAGUGUGUAGGGGAGGUGGUGCGGUAUCUCAGCUCUCUUGACGGGGACUCUCCAGACCCCGUAGGAGCCCGCCUGGUCUCCCAUCUUUCCCACUGCGCCAGUGAGCUAGACCCUCUCCUCCUGCAGUCGGCCCCAGCCUCCGCCCUACCCUUCCCUCCUUGGCCCUGGCCAUCCUUCCCUCAAAUCUCCCCAGCCUCACCGGCCUCUCCCUCGCCAGCUUUCCCUCAUGGGCGUAGGGAUCUAGCUCUGCUGGGGAGCUACCCAUCACCCACCUCCCUCCGCCUAACCUCUCUGGCCGGCUGCCAGCAGGGCGCACCACCGCUCCUCACACCUACAGCCCUGGCCACAGUCCACAGGGUGCCCUCCUUGGCAGCAUCCACAGUCCUGGCCCCCUCCAGACCCACCCAGUCCUCUCCUCAUAGUGCCACAAGGGCCUCGCCGCUUCCUAUUCCCACCCCUUCCUCCUCCUCCGCUUCUUCAACCUCCUCCUCCUCUACUUCAUCAUCUUCUGCCUCUCUGCAAGUCUCCUUCAGACCUUUUGCACCUCUGGGGUCUUCCACAGCUCAGCGCAGGGGCUUGAGUGGAUCAGCCAAGUCUGCUCAGGGUUGGGGGACUGAGAUUGGAGCAUUCUGAGAAUGAACUCUGGUUUUUUUUGUCGUCUUUUUUUCUUUUUAAAAUGAACUCUGUAGAGUGGACAUGGAGCUCCUAUGUGCACUGUGUAGCAAAUAUGAUACCUUUGGGGAAAAAGUUUGAAACUUUGAUGAUUUCUCUGCUUUUUGAGGGACUUUAAAAGCCAUAUCAGUCUGUGCGUGAAGUAUGAGAUAUUCACAAUCAAUCAUGUAUAAUGGAAAUAUGAAGGAAAGUAAGGGGAUAGAAUCAAAACAACUGACAUCCAUGAAUUUGUUUGAUACAUAGCAUCAACAGAGCCAUAUAUAUAUAUACGAGCCUCAACACAUGGACGUUGAGUUUUUACUGAUCUUUAAC